AUGUCGAACAAUAGCAAUGAAACUGCAGAUUAUAACGAUGUUGAUUUGUUUACAUUAGAAACUCCGUUUAGUAGAAUUCUAAACUUCAGUAUACUAAUCACUUGUUUAAUUCCCGCAAUGAUUUGUACACUGGUAAUCUUCUAUUAUUUUAUUCGAUUAAGAGAUCUACGGGCAAAACAACAACAUCAUGUUGUAAUUAUUUUAUUAUUUUUCAAUUUCAUCAUUAUGAUAGCUGAAUUGCCAAUCACUCUUAUACAUCUUCAUUAUGGUCAACUUAUUCCGCCAUCUUAUUCUCUUUGUAUCUAUUGGAUAUUUCUUUGUAAUUCUCUUUUUUCCGUCAAAUUGGAGAAUACACCACAGCAAAAAUCAAGUUUUAAAGGAGUUGUACCGAUAUGCUCAGCACAUGCACUUCAAAGAACUAACGAUUGUCAAGGCCACGAUAAACCAAAUCAGUCUAAAAGUAUUAUAUUGCAAGUUUCAUCGGAUCCAUUAUGUAUUCGAAAUGCGAAAUAUUUUUCAAAUCUUGCGAUGCCAUCUAAAUCACCAAUAAAGGUGUACCUGCUGCUCAACAGCAAAGUUCAUUUAUCGAUGAUCGAAAUUUUCUUUUGUUCAAAAACUUUCUAUCGAAAACUGCAAAAUGAAUUUCAUCAAUCGUCGUAG